AUGCCUGCAUGCAGUUAUCUGUUUAAUUGGUCACAAUCAGCUGAUCAUCUUGCUCGUUUCAAACGUGAUCCUCUCAGCUGGUUUAUGAGUGGAGGUGCAUUAGUUGUUGGUGCCAUGAACACCGUUGCUAUAACUGGACUUCGAAGUCAAAUCAUUAAUGAGGCUAACAAAUUACGCGAUCUUCAAUCACAAGUGGCAGUUCAUGGAACAACUUUGAUUACUAUACGUGACGAUGCCAUAUCACUUGGUCGAGAGUUAAAAGAGACACAAAAUUUAAUUAAAGAUCAAAACAAAAUGAUAAAUAAAUUAGAACUCAAUGAUGCUGCGUUAAAUGAAUCAAUUGCCUACUUGGCCAAUGAACAACAAAAAAUUAAUAUUCGACACGAAAAUUCUCUCUUGUAUCAAUCUUUCAUUGAGAUAUCAGCCUCAACAACAAAAUGUAUUAAAAUGCAUUAA